GACUUUGUGCGUAAACUGAUUGUAGAAGCACAUCUGACUCAAACAGAGAGCACGUCGAUUUUUAGCGCGGUGUGUGAUCUGACCCUGGAGCGGUUCCAUAGAAGAAGAAGACCCUGUAGCGGUAGCGCGAUAUCGUCCUCCGAGCAAGCAACAUGUCAAAAGCGGUAAUGUCAGCGCUUUUUCUCUCCAAGCGUCUGCAACCGUGGACCGGAGUAAAGUUCACCGCAAACAGCCUGAGACCUGCGGUUUGCUGCCAGAGGAUGAAGUCCUCGUAUACUCCUCCUCCUGCUAAAUAUGGGGGCAGACACACUGUGACUUUGAUACCUGGUGAUGGUAUUGGGCCGGAACUACUGAACCACGUCAGAGAUCUCUUCAGAUACUGCUGUGUCCCAGUGGAUUUUGAGAUUGUCAAUGUGGAUUCAUCUGUUGCAUCUGAGAGUGACAUCAACAACGCCAUUACUGCAAUCAAACGGAAUGGAGUCGCACUUAAGGGUAACAUAGAGACCAAUCACAACCUUCCUCCAUCUCAUAAAUCCAGGAACAAUUUGCUUCGGACAUCUUUGGACCUGUAUGCUAAUGUGAUGCACUGUCAGACACUUCCCGGAGUCCCGACCCAUCACAAAGGCAUCGAUAUCAUCAUUAUUAGGGAGAAUACUGAAGGAGAGUAUAGCAGCCUGGAGCAUGAGAAUGUUCCUGGGGUUGUUGAGAGUUUAAAGAUAAUAACGCGUCUGAAUUCAUUGCGGAUUGCUGAAUAUGCCUUUAAAUUGGCCAGGGAAAAAGGACGCCGUAAGGUCACGGCUGUACACAAAGCUAAUAUCAUGAAGCUGGGCGAUGGCCUUUUUCUGCAGUGCUGUAAAGAGGUUGCAGCUGGAUAUCCUGAUAUCACAUUUGAUAACAUGAUCGUGGAUAAUACUACUAUGCAGCUGGUCUCUAAGCCCCAGCAGUUUGAUGUGAUGGUGAUGCCUAAUCUCUAUGGAAAUGUGGUGAGCAAUGUGUGUGCUGGACUUGUUGGAGGUCCAGGUCUGGUACCAGGAGCCAACUACGGCAAGGACUAUGCUGUUUUUGAGAACGGCACUAGGAACACUGGGAAAAGCAUUGCUAACAAGAAUAUCGCAAACCCUACAGCCACACUGCUGGCCAGCUGCUUGAUGCUCGAUCACUUGAAACUUCAUGCACAUGCCAGUAUGAUUCGAAAUGCAGUCCUGAGAACUUUGUCUGAAAUUCGGUUGCACACAGCUGACUUGGGAGGACAGGGCACAACCUCUGAGGUGGUGCAGUCCGUAAUGCAUGAGAUCCAGAGAGAAGGACCACACACAUCAGAACAGAUCUGAACAACAGGGUUUCUCAAAUAAAUGAAAUGCAUUAAAUAUCAGCACAAUACUUUGUAUAUCAGUCAGGAUAAAGACCAUCACACACUGGAAAAGAAGACAGGAAUGUACCACACAAUAAAGACAACCAUAACAAACUUCAGCAGAUUAAAGAUAACAUAUAAACCCAAAAUGCAAAGCUUUUAUUUCUUGAAUAUUACUGUAUAAAUGUUACUGAUGUUAUUUAUCUAAUAUCUGAAUUGAUGCAGUCUGUGCAUGUGUAUAUUUUCCACAGUGCAGUAUGCACUUUAUUUAUCCUAUAUGAAACUUGUUUGUGUAGGUGGUUAACUGACAAUGCACCAAGCACUUAAAAAUUCCUACUUAUUACCUCUUCAAAUUGUGUUUGAUAUAUUUUUUAUGACUCUUCAGUAGUGAAGUCUAAAGUCAUGAAUUAGAUAUUUUCCAGUAGGUGGCGAUCAAAUCCAGUAAUGCUGCGAGAAUAAACUUGGGCUUUCUAGCCCUGCGUACCAAUUUGCCUACUAAAGUAUGCACUGUUUUUGUGAUGUAAAAGUAUGUAAAUCUGAGUGCAUUAAUAGAGAUGGGACAUACUAAAUCAAAUUUUGAUUUUGACUACUAUUUACUUCGAAUUGGGACACAGGGUAAGACUUUUUAACCUUUUUAAACAUUUACUAACCUAUGAAAUACAAUAAGCUUGUAUAGGUUAACAUUGGUUAAUGCAUUAGUUAGCAUGGAAUGACAAUGAACAAUACAUCUAAAGCAUUUAUUAUUCUUAGUUGAUGUUAAUUUAAGUAUUUACCAAUAUGUUGUUAAAAUCAAAAGUUGUAACUGUUAUCAUUUGUUAAUGCACAAUGAACUAAAAUGAACAAUUGUAUUGGCAUCAA